AUGGGAAGCGUUGGGUGCUGCAAAAACUCUCCUCGUGUUGAUACGCUUAAAUUUGAUGAUAUAGAUUCUUCAAGUUCAGAAUAAAAUUCAUAAAAAAAGCAAGAUUAAUUUUCACCAAAAGCUAGCUCUCCUGGUCAAGAAGCUCUGCCUCUAUAAAUUAAUUAAAGAUAACCUUUGAUGUAUUAAAAACAUGCUUGUGUAUCUACUGCCUUUUAAUCUUACUCGUUUAAAACUAUAUCAACAGAACAUCAUUUCUCAAACUUUGUUACAUUUUAAGCACUUCCAUCUUCUAAAGAUUAACAGUCUAGUAGAAAAAUUUAGACCCAUAAAUCAAACAAUUUUGAAGACUUAAAUGAAAUUUAACAUUAACAGAGUAGUGAAUUUUAAAGUAGUGACUACAUUAAAAUACCCUCACAUUAUACAAAAAUUAUUUGA